AUGUUCUAUGUCCUUUUCGAAUGUAAUACGGUAUAUUCCGAUGAAGCUCCAAAGGACCAUACUAUGAUAUGCUCCAUUGCAUACCAUGUUAUAUCGGCUGAGACUCUUCAACCAGUGUGGCAAAGUCCUAAGGAAUUCCAGGUGGAUGAAACCCACUCGUUGCAAAUGCUCAUACAGACUCUAGAAACAGACGUCACUGCUGCUGUUGGCACAGAAGAAUUCGUUAUAUGUUCAUUGGGCUCCAUCUGGCACAUCAGAGUAACACUACCGAGACAAGCAAGAGACGAGAGUUGGUUACUUCCUCCCUUCAUGCAGCAUCCCAAGCUAUUUGACUUGUGGAGAGAGGUGAACGUAUGGGUGAGCAACCAUCCAGAAAGAUGCGGUAAGACAACAGACCAGAGGAACAAACAACACAUUAGCACAAAAUUCAAUAAGAACUGGGAAACGUUAGGCUACCUUUUGGGAGAUGGUGCGGCUGAGACAUUAAACCUCUCCCCGAUUGAACAAUGUUCCAAGGUUCUAAUAACCUUGCAUUCCAGUUGUUCCACAGAAAAGGACCAGGAACUGGUUUUGACACAUCCAUAUAACUCCAACCUAGAUAUCAAGUGCUUCCUACAAGAAAAGUCCAAGGUAUUAUACAUUAACAAUUUGCCUCAGGAUACUACCCAAUCGGAACUAGAAUCAUGGUUUACACAAUUUGGAAGUAGGCCUGUAGGGUUCUGGACCGUGAAGAACGUUGUUGAAGUGGCAUCGAAUUCCAGCAACAGCAAUAAUAGCCUUUAUGUGGACGAACCAGACUCGAUAUCCGGGUUUGUGGUUUAUCAAACGCAUGAAGAAGCUCUCGAUUCCUUGUCGCUUAAUGGGCGUAGUAUUCUUUCGAACAUGUCCAACACGAAACAACCAAGGGUAGUGGAACACGUCGUUGAGAUUCAGACGUCCAGCGCUACGGUUUUGGAGAAAGUUCAAGAGAUCCUAUCGCCAUUCCCUCAAUCGAAAAACAGGCCAAGACCAGGAGACUGGACAUGUCCCUCUUGUGCGUUCUCUAACUUCCAGAGGCGUACAGCUUGUUUCCGUUGCUCAUUCCCAGCGUCAAGUGCUGUUCAAGUGAACAAAAAUGGAUACAACAAGAUACAAACGCAACAAGCCCAUAACGGAACUCAGUACUCGAAAAGCAGGUCUCAGACUGCAGAUUACAACGACAAUGUACAAAAUCAACAGCAGCUACUUCUGGGACAACUGGCGUCCGCUCAAGACUUCUCGCAGAAAAUGAAGAUGCAGCAGCAACAACGGUUUGGAUAUUCCAAUAGAGCCAUGCAGUCUAGCCAGCUUUCGCUGCAAGGAGGUGCUACCAGUGGCAGCAAGGUUCCAUUCAGAGCUGGUGACUGGAAGUGUACUAUUUGCACGUAUCAUAAUUUUGCAAAGAAUGUUGUGUGUCUACGUUGUGGAGGACCAAAGAACCCUGCUGUCAACACCACCACCACAACCACUACUAAUACUAAUACUACUACUCCAAACGAUGUGUAUGACUUCGUAACAUCGGCAACUGUUCCAACACCUUCGCCAGUGUACGCGACGAAUGAACGGACAAUUCCAGUCCAAAUAGCCGAUGGAUUCGGACUUUCUCUGAGCGAAAGAAGCUCUAGUGAGCCUACGCUGAGGAAAGGGUAG